UCGUCGUCGUCGCCGUCGUCGUCCUCGUCAACAGCAACCAAAACAACUGCCCCGACUCUAGUGACAGUCCGAAAACGCGGCUGGGUUAAUGACCAAACGUGUCCUCUGUUCUCACCGUUGUCAUGAGCCCGCGAGCACGCCAAUUUCCGGUGCGAGCGAUUAACGGUGGAGUCGCCACCGCGAAACUAGUCGGUGAUGCUGAGAUUUGAAAAAUCGUCGGCAACGAUCGAGUUAUGUCCGAGAGCGACGGCGAACGAGCGGCUAGGUCUGUCGCCUUGGAACAAGCCUACGUUCACGACGUUUAUGAAGAAUGCGCCGAAAAAACUGCCGCACGCACCAAACACUGGCCCCGUAUUUAUCAGUUUCUUGAGGAACUCGAACCGGGCGCUCUCGUUUGCGAUGUCGGUUGCGGGAACGGCAAGUAUUUGAGCGUCAAUGAAAACGUCUUCAAAAUUGGAGCGGACCGAUGCAAACGGCUGACGGACAUCGCCCGCGAGAAAGAAAAUGAAGUCAUGAUAUGCGACAAUCUCGCAUUACCCUUUCGCGAUGAGAGCUUCGACGCUGUUCUCUCGAUCGCCGUGGUCCAUCAUUUCGCGACGACUGAGAGACGAGUCAAUGCCCUCAAGGAACUUGCCCGGGUUUUGCGAAUCGGUGGACGACUCGUUAUUUCCGUUUGGGCGAUGGAACAGCGCCACAGGAAGUUCGAAUCUCAGGACGUCCUCGUACCUUGGCCGAAAGCCUACUGCCUGAGCGGCGGAUCGAGGAGAACGAAGAGACGCGGUAGAACAAACGGCCCUGACGGAGGCGCCAGCGUCGACUCCUUCGAAGACGUCGCCGAUGAUCUCGAUCUCGAUCGGAACACCCGGAAGUGUCGGCCCGUAACUUCCGGCAAGAGGUACUCGACUCGAUACCGCGGCAGUAGAGGCGCGGCCAAUCCCUCGAGAUCGAAGAAUCGAAACUACUGGAUCGAUCCGAUUUUCAGCCCUUCGCCCUCCACUAGCAGCCUCUCCAGCCCGAACGAAACUUGCUACAGUUUUUUUCGACGAGCUUUGCAGAAAUUAGCGGGAGGUAAGCGGGACUCGGCUGCCGGAAACCGAGGCGCUUGGUUCCUGGAGACCUGGCACAACAACGGUGGCAGUUGGAAAAAUAAACGUGAGCAACAUCGAGGCCAGAACUUCCAGAACGAAGACAUCGGUGACGUCGACGAUAUUCCAAUAGAAUUGCGCCGUCUCGAGGAAGACAACGUGACCUUGAGCAAACACCCUACGACACCCCCGUGCGAAACGGGCGAGAAUGCCGGCGAGACUCUCGGUCUCAAAUCCAAAAGUCUCGGCGACAUUCUCGAAAUCCAAAGGCUCGAUCUCGUACGCUCGAGAUCCAGCAUACCCGGAUUUUCUUCAACAGUAACCUCCCAAUUUUAUCUCGACGAGGAAUCUGAAACACCGUCGCCCCAACCACCGCUUCCGGAAACGAGCCGGGAAGCCCGAGGAAUAUUCAGCACCGAAACCAUCAACGAUUCUACCAAUGACAAUUCCACCGCUCCUCUUCUCCUUUCAUCCUCGUCCGUCUCAUCCACCAACUCGUUGAAUCGAUCAACUUCAUCUACAGGUAAACCACGUCUGGUAAAACAAAAGUCCCACCUCUUGGACGAUUCACCCCUCCAAUUUAUCCAGGAACCUGCGAACGGUGUUGUUGUGCGACGGUGCAGCAAAGAUCUCGUCGAAUUUCGGGAGGCGGCAAAGACCGAUUCGGCUCCGAGAGCGAAUAGACGACGUCGAGGAAACGUGCACAAGCAAAGUUCGAUGAACGAGGAAUUAAUGUCGAUGGAGAGGCUGGUGGAACGAGACCGUGUACGAAAGAAUAUAAUGAAGCAGGCGUCAUUGAACGAAGAAAUAAUCUGUAAGCCGCGAGGGCAAACCUUCUGUCACUUUCGUGAGAGUCUGUAUUCGGGGAACGCGACGAUGCAGCGAAUUCAGCUGAUAAAAAGUGACCUUACGAAUCGAAUAAAGCAGUCAACGACGAGCAUGGAAAACAAAGUUUCUAGUAUAACGAUAAAGAACGGAUUCGCAAAGAUUCUGCAGGGUUGGAAGCAGCAAUCGAGCGAAAGGUUGGAAACGAAUGAAUCCGAAGGGAAGAACGUUAACGAGGAUGAAGUUGAGGACGGAAGUAGGUCGCAGGAGUCUCAAAACGUCGCUAGCAUCAAUGGGGAAGAGGGAAAAAACGCGACGAGCGGAAAAACCAAUGCGAACGGAUCUCAGGCUGGCGUUGGGAAUAAAAAUGCAGCGGGCGAAGGAGCUGUUCCCGGUGGCGAAUCCAUCGAGAGGCGUCUCUCCAAAGAGGAUGGUUCGGAUUCCUCGAAAGAUAGUAGUUUACAGAGCGACACGAGCGUCGAUUCCGAGGACAGUUUUGCUUCGGUAAUUUAUGUGCCAAAGAAUCACCAACAGCAAAUCGAAGGUCAACAACAAGGAAAGCACAAUCCUCACCCUUAUAAUAUUUAUCGAAGAGACAGUUUUACAACGCGAGAUAAUCAGUUUGGCUCGCCGAUCGACGUCUCGACGAUCGUCAUACCGCCGCUGUCCGGAGGCCACCAUCAGUUGAGAACAACUUCGGCUCCACCUUCACCACGAAUUAAGAAUCCGCCGGGUGACUUGAAUCACGGAUCCGGACCACGCUCAAAAUUAAUAUCCCUGUCACCGCUGUUGAAACAAUUCCCUGCUACCAGCAAAUCUCUACCGCCACCGAGUCCGCCUGGGCUCUCGCCUCGAAACUUUGACCCCAGCUUCGCAUCCUCCAAUCCACGAGACUCCUUCGCCUCAGCCGAUUUUUUUGGGUUUCUACCUCCGCGGCAAUCAUCGACAACGAACGACGAUGUUCCAAACAACGACAAGCCUGGGGACGUAGCUACUAAAUCAACCAAGAUCGACAACGAUCUGGCGACGAAAACGACCCCAACAACAACCAGCCCAACGAUCCCAACGAGCUCGGUAAUGAUUCCAAUCGCGACGGAGGUACUCACAACGAUUACGACCAACACAACGACAUCAACAACGACAGAAUCAACGAACAACGAUUCAACGUCGACCGUCAUUCCACCUGAAAAACCAAAAAUCGAAGACGAAGAUACCAAAGACCGCGAAAAUUCAACCAGCAAUGAGUCUAUCAACGAUCCAGACACCAGACGAUCCAGGCUCGAUCAGAUCAAAGAAUUGCUUAAACAAAAACCUGGCUUCGCUACGAGAAGCAUUAAAUCCCCGUUCCCGUUGGUCAGGAGAGCUUCGACCAUCACCGGCCGCUCCGAAUCCGCUUCGCUCGAAGCCAGAACUCUCCCACGGCUCCUCUCUUUGGAGCUUUUCAAUCCCGAAACCGACGAUUUGGACAGUGAUUCCAGCGGACUUUCCUCACCCGAGUCCAUCGGAUCGGUCAUCAGUGUUAUAUCGGAUCAACGCUUCUCUCUCAAGAACAACAAAAAUGCAACGGGCAAUGAGAAACAGGCUCAAACAACGGGAGAAUCCUCCGAGAGUGAUGCGUCGAAGGUUGAGAUUAAAAAUCAAGUCGAGGAGGCUGAUUGUACAUUGACCAAGGUCGGAGAAAAAAUCGUAGAGGAAAAGACCGAUCGCCAGGACGUGAAAAAGGACGAACCCGGAGUAAAAAUUUCGUUGCCAGAAUCCGUUAAAUCUAUAACCGAAACGAUAGAUUUACCCUCUCACGUGAGCGGUUUGCGUUCCAAUUGCAAAUACACCCAAUUAGUGGACGACACGAUCGCUUGGUUGAGCGGUGCAUCCCCCGAUCCAACGCUUCCCGAAAGCCAUUAUCCCCAAAAGUAUAUCCAAGAGCCUUCGGAGCCGGUUCACCUCGAGAGUGACGAAGCAGCUAUUACGGAUCAGUCGGCACUCCUUUUACCGAAGAGUGUUUCCGAAGAGGCGAUCGACGAUUUCGUGAUGGUAACGAAGAGCGGAGAGUUCGUAUCGGUCCUGGAGAAGGAGCGAGUAGAAACGACGGCGAUGAAGUCGGUAGGGGAGCCUGUAAAUAAUUCUUCGCUGAACGGUGACUCGGUGAUCGAUCGUUCGACGAGUUUAUCGAGCGACGUGAGUCAGAUUGAGGAGGGGACGAAAAUACUGAGCGAUCCUGGGAGCACGCUUUCGUUGGGCUCGUCGACGAAUUUCGAGUACAAAAGUCUGCGCGAGCGUCGUAAGUACUUGUACCAACAGCAGCGUUCAGCCUCGGAGGAAAUUCCACGAAGUCCAGGGGUGAACAGAGUGAUAAAAGCCGGUGAUUCGUCUCGUCGUUCGAGACUCGUAACUGACGGUAAUCCCUACGGUAGUGGAGUAUCCUCGUUGUGCAGCGGAGUUCCCCGGCGGCCGAGUACCUGCGAAACCCCUCUGAGCGGAUCCUCGUCCCAGGAGUCUCUGCCUUCGGAUCGGGGUAGUAGAAAUCGAGGAGACGACGACGAGGACAACGACGAAGACGACGAAGGCGGAGGCGGCGGUGCCGGGGGUGGCGGAGCAAUAACGUACCACCAGUAUUAUCACGUGUUUAAAGAAGGCGAACUGGACCAGCUGAUAAACAAAUACGUGGAAAACUUGCACAUAAUAUCGUCGUAUUAUGAUCACGCGAGUUGGUGCAUCGUCGCGGAAAAGGUUCAAGUCUGGACUAUAUGACUAUGUAUCGACUCGAAUUGGCAUCGAGAAAAGCACCGAUAAUCAUCCCGCGCUCUGUAGAAAACUAGUUCCUUCACCGGUCAAUCUGUACACGACCGUUCAGCCCCGGCCGCUGGCAGCAUUAUCAUUUUGACUAAAUACUAAAUAUCGACUUUAUUCUCUCUCGUCAUCGCUAUUCCGAGGAGAGAAUAAUCGUGGGCACGGUCUCCGAGCUUUGUAGCAACGAGUGAAAGAACCCUUCGAAUCUGCGACGUUUGCGAAGCUCCUUAAAACCUGGCCUGGCCCUCUCGAACCUCCCUCGUGUAAAUAUGUAAAUUGUAAACAAACGUAGGCGUCUGUAAUAAUCACAAAACGUGAAAAACGCACACUAGCCUCUAGAUAUACGUAUCAAUUACGUAUACAACAUAUACAUAAAUUAAAUAUAUAUAUAUAUAAAAGCAUACAUAUAUAUAUAUCGUCCUCUAUGUAGCUUAAAAACAACUUGUACAUCACGUUGAUUGAAAUGCUUGACCAAUUACAGAACAAAAAUCCAAUAAAACUUCACCGAUCGUGUGUGCAUAUAAAUACGAAUGUAAAAAUACAUUUAUACACACAGCCACACAAAUACAGACACCCACACGUAUAUACUGAUAAAUUCGGGGUGCUGCAGCCCCCGAAUUCAUCUCGAAUAUGUAGCGAGAACGAGAAAAAAAAAAGAAAGGGAUAAACAAACAAAAAAAUCAUUAACCGAUGCUGCACGUCGACGUAAUAAAUUCAACUUGUAUACGUAACAGUUAAAGAAAAAAGAAAUCAUCUCUCUUCGAUGACUCGUGCGUGUAAUCAACGUGUGAUCAUUACUAUUAUUAUUAUCGAUUAAUUCAUAACUUAUUAUUACUAACAACAGGACGCCGGCAUAUCGCCCACAGAGAGACAAUAAAAAGUCAUAAAAUAUUUCGCA